UCCGCAUUGGUCGCUUUUUAGCCGUGUUUUUGCUAAGCUAGCCGAUUGUUAAGCGCUCGAAUUGUUAAAUAUGAUCGAUUUGAUCACUUUUAAAAACGACCUGUCGCUCGUGGUCAAUAACUUGGCCCGCGCGGUGGUGGCGGAGAUAUUCACCGCGGCGGAGAAAGUGUCAUUAAACACACAAAACCCCCAAACCGAGGAGAUCCUCAGCUCUCUGGUGGACAGUCUGUGUGCUGAAGCCGUUGAUAAAAUCCUGAAGAUCGUUGAGUUGGCUGCUGUGAAAGAGGAGACCACAGGAGACCUGAAGGAUCCGGAUCCACCAGAGUCUGCAGAGAGCAGCCAGUGUGUCAGGAAGUCCACAGGAAGUGAGCUGGAAGGUGCAGAUGGAGGCGAGCGCCCCCCCUUAGAACAGACCUACAUCGUGGUCUACGGGAGCGCUGCUGUUGACUCCAAGUGCCUGCUGCUGUCACUGCAGACCGCUGGUAAUGCUAAUGGUGAAGCCGAGACUCCACCCAGCGAGCACUGCCCCUCCCCCCCGACCCUGCAGGCUGAUCUCCCCGACCACGAGUACGCCCGGCCACCCUCGCCGCCGCUCGUCCUCUCCCCGCCAGCGGAGGGCGGAGUCAGUGUACCGCGCAGCAGGAAGCAGCACCACAGCCGGCGGAAGAAAGGCUCCAACCGGUGUGAACCUGCGACCCACCGGCAGUGUCCGCAGUGCGAGAUGCUGUUUCCAAACGCAGAGCGGCUCACCGACCACGAGAGGAAGUCCCACCCGCUGUGCUCAGUGUGCGGGGCGGCGUUCACCGGCGUCCUGAGGCUCCGCGAGCACGAGAUCAAAGAGCACGGGCUGCUGCCGUACGCCUGCGACUACUGCCCCAAGAGGUUCAACCACAAAGCGCACCGCGACCUGCACGUGAAGGCGAGGCACACCGGCGAGAAGACCUGUCACUGCGACAUCUGCGGGAAGGGCUACUCCUGCGUCAGCGUGCUGAAGACGCACCGCAUGACGCACUUCGACAAGACCUUCAUCUGCGACGUCUGCGGGAAGAGCUUCUACCACGCCUGUCACCUGACGCGCCACAAGCUGGUGCACCAGGAAGUCCGGCCGUACCGCUGCUCCACCUGCGGGAAGGGCUUCACGCAGGCCGCCAACCUGCGCAGCCACCAGGCCGUCCACACCGGAGAGCGGCAACUGUGCUCCGUCUGCGGCAAGAGCUACCGCUGCCUGAAGAACCACGUCAUCAGCAAGCACUCGCACGAGCUCCCCGCCGACCAGCUGCCCGCCAGAGAUGCCAUCGUCGCCUGCGAGGCGUGCGGCAAGAAGUUUCCCAACCCGUCGCAGCUCCGAGUCCACCAGAGGAGCCACACGGGGGAGAAACCGUUCCACUGCGACGUCUGCGGGAAGAGCUACCGGCUGAAGGAGCUGCUGAGGGACCACCGGUACACGCACACCGGGGAGAAACCGUACCGCUGCUCGCUCUGCUCCAAGACCUUCAACCUGGCCGCCAGCUUCAUGAGGCACCGCAGCAUCCACAGCGGGGAGACGCCGCACAGCUGCCUCGCCUGCGGGAAACACUUCCGCCUGCUCACCUUCCUCAAGGCUCACUUGCAGACCAAAGCUCACCUGAGGCAGACGCAGCAGAGGUAGAGCGCCGCCUCCGACCUCUGACCUUCCUUCACACUAUACAGCCAAAAGUGUGUGGACAGCCUUGUGUGGAUCUUUAUCCGACUGAAGUUCUGUGGAGCACUGACACUCUUCCAGUCACUGAAACACCUGAAUUAGAUUAAAAUGAGUAAAUAUCCUGGAAACCUGGGGGGGGGGGAGUGAACAGUGUCAGUAACAAACUACUGAAUGAUUGAUUACAAUAUUGAUUGAAAUAUUACUGAUGAUGGUUUCUAUGAGUCAGAGCUCUUAUAAUGACAACAACAAUAAACAGGAACAAAGAAAACCGA